CCGGCUCAAUUCUGUUAUUUAUUUUGAUUAUUACAUUAACGUCGCUCUCUUGUUGCCAAUGCCAACCAAUAUUAUAGUCUCUGCAUAUAUUCUAGUGCCACCAGAAUUUUAUUUAUUUAUAUGUUAGACAUGCAUGGCAAAUCAGAGUGAAGGAUUCAAUUAUCAGUCGGUUAUGGAGGAUCCUAGGAAAUUGGAAGAAGGGUUAGCUCAUGCAAAGGUUGCAAAUGAAAACCAACAAGAGCAGCAUUUAAGUGAGAAACUGGAUAAAACUCAUGAUGGUGGUGGCGUCAUCCCCGAGAAAGAGUUGACAAGUAGUACAGUGUUGGUUGAACAGGAAGGAGAACAGCUGCAGCAACCGGAGCAGCUACCGGUGAAGCAGAAGACGAAGAGGGUUGCAACCUUAGAUGCGUUUAGAGGGCUCACUGUAGUGCUGAUGAUACUGGUAGACAAUGCUGGUGAAUCAUACGCAAGAAUAGAUCAUUCACCAUGGAAUGGUUGCACAUUGGCCGACUUUGUGAUGCCCUUUUUCCUCUUCAUUGUUGGGGUUGCAAUUGCUCUGGCCCUCAAGAGAAUUCCCAGGAAGAGGGAUGCAGUUAAAAAGAUAUCUCUAAGGACAUUGAAGCUUCUAUUCUGGGGAAUUCUGUUGCAAGGAGGAUACUCACAUGCACCUGUUGAUCUAUCGUAUGGAGUUGAUAUGAAGCUUAUUAGAUGGUGUGGCAUUCUCCAGAGGAUAGCAUUGGUAUACAUGUUUGUAGCUCUUAUAGAAACACUAACCAUCAAGGAAAGACAAACUGUCCUGCAGCCUAACCAUUUCUCCAUUUUCACAGCAUACCGAUGGCAAUGGAUUGGAGGGUUCAUUGCUUUCCUCAUCUAUAUGAUCACAACAUAUGCACUCUAUGUUCCAGAUUGGAGUUUCACUGCGUACGAUGAUAAUCGACCGACAAGAUACACUGUCAAGUGUGGGAUGAGGGGACAUUUAGGACCUGCAUGCAAUGCUGUUGGUUAUGUAGAUAGGGAGGUUUGGGGAAUUAAUCAUCUGUAUCAAUAUCCGGUUUGGAGCCGCUUAAAGGCUUGCACUUUUAGUUCUCCGGCUACUGGCCCUCUUCGCGCGGAUGCUCCUAGCUGGUGCCUUGCUCCAUUCGAACCUGAAGGCUUGUUGAGUACAAUCUCAGCUAUCCUUUCUGGUACCAUUGGCAUCCAUUAUGGACAUGUUUUGAUUCAUUUCAAGGGUCACUCUGAGAGAUUGAAGCAAUGGGUCUCAAUGGGGCUUGGCUUAUUUUUGAUCGCCAUCAUCCUUCAUUUUACAGAUGCUAUUCCCAUCAACAAACAACUCUACAGCUUCAGCUAUGUCUGUUUCACAGCUGGUGCAGCAGGAAUUGUAUUCUCUGGAUUCUACAUACUGAUUGAUGUUUUGGGAUUGCGCAUACCAUUUUUAUUCCUGGAAUGGAUAGGAAUGAACGCAAUGCUGGUUUAUGUGAUGGCUGCCCAAGGUAUCUUUGAAGGAUUUAUCAAUGGAUGGUUUUACAAGUCAAACAACAAUACACUUGUCUAUUGGAUUCAAGAACACGUCUUUGACAAAGUUUGGAAUUCAGAGAAGCUAGGGAACCUCUUAUAUGUGAUAUUUGCUCAAAUCACAUUCUGGGCAGUAGUUUCAGGCAUCUUGCACAGACUAGGCAUAUACUGGAAACUCUGAGAAGUGAAGAUUGCUAGUAGGCAACUUGUAACACUUGUAUAAUACACAUACAUGAUUACAUUAUUCAGGGUUUUCUUUCUUGA